UGUUAAUUACUGAUCAUGACUACUCAGAUGUCAGCCGUGUCUCUGUUCAAGAAUUCCCCUGUCAUCAGCGAGCCCUUUAGCCAGAAACAGGUUUUCGCCGUCCAGAAUCCAGGUAGCUUAUCGGGGGUGAUCGGUGUUCAUGGAAAGAAAGCUGCAGUAGCAGAUUCCGAUGGUUUCAUCGGUGUUCUUGAGGUGUACAUACAUGAAGCGAGGGAUAUCCAUAACAUCUGCAUAUACCACAAGCAAGAUGUUUACGCCAAGCUGUGCCUGACAAGUAACCCUGAAAUUACUGUGUCCACCAAGAUCAUCAAUGGCGGAGGAAGGAAUCCGGUCUUUAAUGAGAAUCUUCAGCUCAGAGUUCGGUCUCUAGAGUCAUCCCUCAAAUGUGAGAUCUGGAUGUUAAGCAGGGUCAAGAACUAUCUUGAAGACCAGUUGCUGGGUUUCGCAUUGGUGCCUCUUUCUGAUGUUCUUGUGGGGAAUGGCAAGUUAGAUCAAGAAUUGUCUCUCUCUUCCACGGAUCUCUUCCAUUCUCCAGCUGGGUUUGUCCAAUUGUCGCUCUCCUACUCUGGAGCAUCACAGGGGGUCUUCGCGAUCCCUUCUCCGACGGUAUCUAUGAAUGCAAAAGCCCCUGUGUCGCUGGAUUCUGAAAUAAUCGAUUCAAUCCCCUGUGAAUUCGAUAAGAUCGAGUUCCCAGAUCCUAAGAUCGCUAACGAAAACCAACUGAUGGUUUCUGAGUAUUUUAGGAUUCCAUGUAGCCCUUUGGACUCCCAGAGCUCUGACAGCUUUGUCACUUCAGACAGUGAUAAUCACUUUAGUUCCAACGUAGGUGGUGGAGAUCAUGCUCUGGAAAGCUUCUCAUCGGGCAGUCUGGAUUCCCUUGAAGUUCACAACAGUGAUACUCCUCCGAGCAGUAUUUCAACUAAUUGGUCUCCCUCUGCUUCAAUUACUAGGAGUUCUCAAUCCUCACUCGAUACUCCUGGAGACAGAAGAUCUUCAGAUGAGGAGCACCAAUCGCCUGUGAAAGAGAAAGGAACCGAAGAUGGAGAGGCUGAUAGUGAAGCCUCUGGUGGAGUGCCUAGCAGCUCAAUUACGAAACCUUUUGUAAGCUUAAAGAUGGAACCACAGCCAACGAUGGUGCAGCAGGAUAUUGUGGACAUGUACAUGAAAAGCAUGCAGCAAUUUACAGAUUCUUUGGCAAAGAUGAAGCUCCCACUAGACACUGAAAACGAGAAUACCAAUUUGGGCUCUGCAACUUCCAAGUCAAACAAUGAUCAGAAAUCAGCCACUUCAAAGGGCACUGGCUCCAGAGUGUUUUAUGGGAGUAGGGCUUUCUUCUGAACUUUAAGUUGGGUUAGUUUGAUGGAAACAAUCAGGUGCCUUAAAAUUUUAGAAUCAAACACUAAUAGUAGUAGUGAGCUUUGUUCUUCUGUAUGUAGUGAAGCCUUAACUUUUGUAUGCUGGAAUACUCUCAGGUGAUGGGGAGACAUGACUUGUAUGUGUUGUUACAAACUUUGUUGUAUCACUACUGCUGUCACCAUGUAUUUGAUUAGUCUAAAUCAUCUUUUCUUUCCUUUGCUGGUGAAUUGGUUACUUUUGCAUUA